UUAGAAAUGAUUAUUGAGUUGAUAGAAAUUCUGUUCGCCUAUUGUGUUUCCAUCUGUUGGGCACAAGAAAAGUUAUUGACUGUUUUUCUUUCUGGUUUUUGUUUACACUUUUUUCUGGUUUCAACUUGACAUUUAAUAAGAUGACAAUUUUAUUUCUAUAAUUUUCUAAUUCUAAUUGUAUUUGUUUUUUGCUUGUGAAGUUAAAUUGUGCUUUGUUUUACCUUUCUACCUAAGAAAAAAAAGGAAAAUACCGUAAGUUAAAAGUAAUUAGAAUGGAGUGGCUGUUCGGACGUAAGAAAACUCCAGAGGAGAUGUUGAGAGCUAAUCAAAGAGCUUUAAAUAAAGCUGUUCGUGAUUUAGACCGUGAGCGAACCAAAAUGGAGGCUCAAGAGAAAAAGAUAAUCAUUGAUUUAAAGAAAAUGGCCAAAGAUAAUCAAAUGGACGCUGUUAAAGUGAUGGCAAAAGAUUUGGUCCGAACCAGAAGGUAUAUUAAAAAAUUUAUUCUCAUGAAGGCAAACAUUCAAGCGGUUGCACUUAAAAUUCAAACCCUUCGAAGUCAAAAUUCAAUGGCUGUCGCCAUGAAGGGUGUUACCAAAGCGUUAAUGUCCAUGAAUAGACAGAUGAACCUUCCCCAGAUACAGAAAAUAAUGGCCGAAUUUGAAAAGCAAACGGAAAUCAUGGACAUGAAGGAAGAGAUGAUGAGUGAGGUUAUGGACGAUGCAUUGGGCGAAGAUGAUUACGAAGAGGAGAGUAAUACAAUUGUUAAACAAGUGCUUGAUGAACUCGGUAUUCAAGUUAAUGAACAAUUAAGUGAAAUUCCAGCCAUCAGUACUGCCCUUCCCUCGGGUGGAACUUCACAAUCAAGUAAAACACCAACAGCGGCCGCCGCUUCGGCCGAUGAUGCGGACGCUGAUUUAAUAGCUCGUCUCGAAAAUUUAAGAAGACAAUAAGUAAAUAUCUAUAAAAACUUUCCUUUUAUAUUAUGAGUCAUUCAAGUGGAAACAAAUAAAACAAUGUUUUUAAUUACGUUCACUAA